AUGAGAUCAUCACCUAGAAGUAUACUGAAACAUGUUGGUACAAGAUUAAAAAUUCAUAUAACUUUGUGUUUGCUAGUUUUAUGUGUUAAUGUAAUCCAACAGAGGAUACAUAAUGUAGUGGUAGGAUAUUCUGUGAAGAAGAACUUUUUUAUAGGUCCAAAUGGAAUACAUCCAAAAGUUACGAAAAAAAGAUUUUUCUUCAGAAGUGCAAAAAAUGGAGAAAAAAUAGAACACCAUGUAGGGGAUGUAAACCUUUCAAGCGAAACUUUUUUUCCUAAUGUAGAAGUUAAAGAACCCAUGCCUAUAAUGAGUAGUAGUGAUGAUGAUAAAAACAGUUGUGAAUCAGAUAGGAACAACACACAAGACAAGAACAAAUUCGCAGAUAUUCCAGAAAUAAAUGAGAAAAUUGUAAACUUCUUAUCUAGCAAAGGCAUAAAGCACAUGACGAAAAUUCAGAUGCAGAGCUUUAGGCCCAUAUAUGAUGGGAGAGACAUAAUAGGAAGAUCCGAAACGGGUUCUGGAAAAACGCUAGCUUUUGCCAUACCGUUAGUGGAGAAAUUACAUAAAUUAAAAAUGAAAAACAUGGGAAGUACUACCAGUUCAAAUACCCACUUAACAAAUAGAUCAUUUAGUAGUAAUUCCUAUGAAGGAGAUGAAAAUAAGGAUCCAUCCAUAUUAGUACUAGAACCAACAAGAGAAUUGUCGAAACAAGUAGAAAACACGUUUAAAGAAAUAAGUCAAUUUUAUAAUUUUAAUAUUAUGUCCAUAUAUGGAGGAGAGAGUUAUGUAUAUCAAGAAAAUAAAUUAAGAAAAGGAAUUGAAAUAUUAACAGGAACACCUGGUCGUAUAAUAGAUCAUUUAGAAAAAAAAAAUUUAUCCCUUAAAAAUAUAAAAUUUUUAGUUUUAGAUGAAGCUGAUGAAAUGUUAAAUUUGGGGUUUACCCACGAUUUAGAAAGAAUAUUAGGUUAUAUAAAUUUAAAAGAUGCUCAAAUAUUACUCUACUCUGCAACUACUCCUUCGUGGAUUAAAGAUAUUUCAUCAAAAUACAUGAAGAACCCCUUUUUUAUUGAUGUUGUUGAUUCGACUAAUAAGACUUCUAAAAAUAUUAAACACAUUGCAAUAAAAACUCCAUAUGAUAUAAAAGAAAAGGCAUUACUACUGGAGGACAUUAUAUUAGUUAAAUCGAAUGGAGGUCAAGUAAUUAUUUUUACAAGAACCAAGUUAGAAGCGGAUAUUUUAUGUUCUGAGGGAUCUUUUAAAUCUCUUUCUUUUUCAGUACUACAUGGUAAUAUAGCCCAAACUACUAGAGAACAUACAAUGCAAAGAUUUCGACAAGGAAUGUUUCAAAUUUUGAUUGCUACAGAUAUUGCUGCCAGAGGGUUAGAUAUAAGCAAUGUCGAUUUGGUUGUUCAAUGUUUCCCACCGAAUUAUGCUGAAAUUUAUAUUCAUAGAUCAGGAAGAACUGGAAGAGCAAAUAAGAAAGGAGUAUCUGUUGUAUUAUUUUCAAAUGAAGAUAAGCAAGAUUUAAUUAAAAUUGAAAAAAAUUGUGGAAUAAAAUUUUCCAUUGAACAGUUACCAAACAAUGAAGAUGUUUUUACUUGUGCUUCAAACAUUGCAUCUAAAAAAAUUCAAAAUGUGAAUGAAGAUGUAUUACCUUUUUUUCAUAAAACUGCAAAUGAAUUGGUAGAAAAAUAUAAUAAUUUACAUAUAGACCAUACAGAAUUAGUAGCUAGAUGUCUAGCCCUUAUUUCCAAAAAGGAACAUGUCAAAAAAAGAUCUCUAAUUAAUGGACUCUCAGAAACCCUUACCCUAAGUUUUAUAAAUAAAAAUAGAAAAUGGAAAAACGAAGAUGAUAUUAUUUACUGGGUAAAUAAAAUAUCAAACGAUUUGAAUAUUAACACCUUUAACAAAAUCUUACAAAUCAAAAUUGAUACAAAAGAUAGAUUUUCAUCCUACUUUGAUAUGAAUGAAAACUUAGCACAAUUAUUUAUUGAAAAUUUUAACAACAUGUCCAAGAUAGACCAUAGGAACAUGUUCGAUUUGUCUGUUGCUCACAGUAUUCCAAAACAUGUUGACUUAUCAUCAGAUUUCCUCUCCAACAACAAGUAUCACCAGAGGAAGAGGUACUCUCCCAGGAGGUAUACCUACUACUGA